AGAACUCCACCACGCAUGAGCCAAAGCUUACGUGACCAAUGGCGCGCGCACAGGAUUCGCUGAAGCGGCGCACUUCGAUACCCGCGGUGGCUUUUUAUCUCCUGUAUCUCUUGCAGGUAGCCGUUUAUUGUAUCACUGGGACAAUGCGAAAACCGUACACAGACGAUUCCAGCACGAGCUCCGACGGCGCUCUCCAGAAGCAGAGCAGAACCCGCGACUUCCGUAAGCGGCGAGCACCGCCACGAGUUAGCGCACCAUCCCGCAAGAGAACCUCGACGAAACCUCCCUCAUCAAUGGAGUACCUCUCUGCGGUGAGUCGCCCGACUGCGCCCCCGACGUCUUACCAGGAUAAAAUUCGGAAGCGAGCGGUGUCUCCCGACACGCCGGGGACGUCGUUAGCGGCGAAUGCCCCUUCUAGGGACCUGCAAAAGGUCGCCCUCACGCUGACGGAUGACGAUGCGUCUGACGUCGCUCCGGACUUUAUCCGUAGCGAACCUCGCGAGAAAACGCGUAGUCCAAGAAAACGUAAUAGGAAGAGAUUUAGACGACGGUCGGGAAUACAAGACGGGCCGCCACCGGAGGCGACUCCUCCCGUCCUGCAAGGCAAGACCGGUAGACGUCUCACUUUUCGAAGGUCCGGGUCUCAAGAAAGUGUGUCCUGGACAGGACGCAACUCUCCAGUAGAACUGACGGUUAUUCGACGAACAAAGGAAAUGGGUUUUGUGCCCGUGAACGAUGGAAAGCUCAGGCGAAAGUCGUGUCCCGAGAAUAAGCCACAGACUUCCUCCUUUGCACAGACCGACCAAGCACGUUGGGAGCACGACAAAUCUCAGAGGAGGUGGUCGAUGGGGAGAGAGAUCGCUAAAGGCGCAAAGAAGGAUAGUAUGUUGCCGAAACCCGGAGAAGAUCAUGCGUUCAUUUCGCUCCUGGCGAGCAAGCGGUCGUCUAUGUUCUUGCCGACUUCGUUGUCUGGAGUCAAAGACAGCCAGUCAGCUAAUUUACAGUCUCACACGGGAAGCGAUUUGGACGUUCCUGUUGAGCUGUACAGGCACUGGGAAAAGGUGUUUCGUCGGAAAGUGCUGAGGUUACCCCCCGAAACCAGAAGAGAUGACCUCCUAGGGCCAGGUGUAAAACCCGGUGCAUCAGAAAAGCGACGACAAAGCUCGAUCGCCGACCCCUUGAAGGCAAAACAGGCAGACGAGGACACCACGGAACUGCUCUUCCCAAAAGGAUUCGCAGCUCUGCAAGAACCAGUCCUUCAGAAGACGGCCACAAAGGGAACAGCAAAGAAUGUUCCAGGUGCAUAUCUCACUGAGAAGGACUCAAAAUUACCUGGCGCAGACAGAAAACUUCGUCGCAUCAGCGGGACGAACAAUCUUCGCUGGACUAGUGCAGCAGACGACAGCCCCCGCAAUCUUGUAGACUCUACGCAACAUGAACAGGUGACACCAGAACCUGCUCAACCACAGCGGUCUUCCAAGCGGAAAGAUACGCGCCUGCAGCGGAUACAGCCAGGUACUGCAAAGGUUGAACCGGGUUACAGCCGUCGAAAAAGCACGUACUCCAAACAGCAGGAGUCAACAGGAGCUCCUCGCGUAGCUGCUGGGCAGGAAAACGUCAACGAUCAGGGAAGCGCGAGAAUAAAUGUUCCACCACCUUCUUCUUAUUCCCCGAGGUCCCUGCACACCAAAAUGACUCGGUCCAAAGGCUACAGCGAUAGCUGCUCAAGGAGCAUAGAGAGCAGGAAGAAGCGGGAAGAAGCAUCAGGCCAACAGGAGAAGGGGUUCUACAUGGGGUACCUACAUGCUGGAAAGGUUCUGCCCCCUAUAAGUGAUGUAACUGCUGGACCGGUCCCGGGUACCACUAUUAAAACGGUUCCUGCGCCGCACCCAGAGGUACUAACUGCUGAUAAAAAGCGCGAAAUCAGGAGGGUGUCCAUUCCAAAGCCCCUUGGCGACGACAAACCGCUACCUAAGGGAAAGCAAAGUAAGCCUACAAGUAGGAGGCCCUCUAUGAAAGAGAAACCCGUAGCUCCAGUGGAAAUCACGAAAGGGGUUGUCAGUCGUGGAGUGGUUAAACCAGAACCAGCCGAAGGCGGCGGGGGAAGGUUGGCAAAGGGCAGAAAACCGCCAAAAGACGAGCCUGACACUGCAAUGAUGGAACACUUCCCGUCAGACAUUUCGACCAAAAUAGAGACACCAGUCGUUGAAAAGGAGGCGCAAGAAAUCGUCCCAAUGGACACGGAGAAGUCACUGGUUGAAAGGGAGGUGAAAGAAAAGGCUCCACAGCCGAAGUCAGCAGCCGCAGAAAGGGAGGAGGGCAGUGUCGCAGAGGUCACACAUCCCGAGUCACCACCUGCAGAAAGGGAGGAGGGCAGUGUCGUAGAGGUUACACAUCCCAUAUCACCAGCUGCAGAAAGGGUGGAGGGCAGUGUCCUAGAGGUCACACAUCCCCAGACACCGGUCGUCGAGUUGGGGGAAAGACCGAUGGCACGAAAGGAAACUAAAGCUGAUGAGAAAAUUGAAGAGAAGGACGAAAGGCAGGCUAAAAGCCUCCUUAGAAAAGAAAGCGCCCCUCCGGGAGUUAAUGCCGAUGAACUCUCCACCUACCGCGACAUUAAACGAGAAGUAGAAACUCAUGAACUAGAGAAACCCUACCUGAAACCGAUGGUUGACAUCAGCACACUGAUGAAGAAAGAAGCGGGUGAGGAGGUUAAUGUGCCGGGAAAAAAACCCGAUGAUAUUUCCACACGUGCUCUGGAACUUGAGAACGUUAGGGCAGACCUGGGGAGAGAGUUGCUCGAGAAGAAGGGAAUGUCUCUGGCGGAAGCCAUGCAGUUGGAAGCAGAGCGUGAACUCGCUGAGGAAAGACUGAGGGCGAUGAAGAAAGAGGACGCUGAAGAAAUGAGCAAACCAGGGCGAGUGUGCACUGAGCUUGUUCCUUUAGAAGAGAGCACGGUUACGUGCAGGGACGACAGCAAGGAUGCCACUCAAAAGGAGGUCGAAGAUGGCAAGAAGCAAAGUAGGAAGGAGGCUGAAGACGCCAAGGAGAGUAAAAAGGAGGGCAAAGAUGCAAGCAAGCUGGUGGCUGUAGAAGGCGAAAAGACGAAAACGAAAGAAAGUGAGAGUAGCACUACAGGAACAGGGAGUAGUACAUCUGGAAGUACAUCUGGGAGCACAACUGGCAUCACAACGGGGACCACAACGAAGGUUCCAGAAGGAAAGGAUGAACAAGAGGCCGUCGAAAAGCCAGCGAAGGAAGGAGACAAAAUGUUACCCAAGGAUGUGGGUGAAGAACCCGCCAAGGAAGCAGCCAAAACGGUUUCCAAGCAUGCGGGCGAAGAGUUGGCUAAAAAGGAAUUGUUGCCCACAAAAGAGGACGAGUCAGCGAAGAAACAAGUGGAGACUGCAAAGAAAGAUGUUGUGGAGACUGCAAAGAAAGAUGUUGCGGAGACUGCAAAGAAAGAUGUUGCGGAGACUGCAAAGAAAGAUGUUGCGGAGACUGCAAAGAAAGAUGUUGCGGAGACUGCAAAGAAAGGUGAAGUGGAGGCUUCAAAGAAAGCUGAAGAGGAGGCGGCUUCAAAGAAAGCUGAAGAGGAGGAGACUGCAAAGAAAGCAGAAGAGGAGGAGACUGCAAAGAAAGCUGAAGAGGAGGAGGCUUCAAAGAAAGCUGAAGAGGAGGAGGCUUCAAAGAAAGCUGAAGAGGAGAUGACCCCUAAAGCUAGCACGGCAAUUGUAACGAGAGAAAUCAGUGGGGUGGAAGCGAAGGAUGGCAUGCACGCAGGCGAAGUGGUGGAAAGCAAAGAAGGAAGCAGGGCGGUCUCUCCACGGGGGGAGCUGGGUGCGAUCGAGGCGUCGCCCCAAGUGGAACCAAAGGCAGACGUACCCACCGCCGCCGGAGGUGACAACGCCUUAGCGCUACAGAGGGAGAAACCUGCCAAGCCCGAUGUCAAGAUUGCUUUCAUUAAACCCGUUGGCAACGAAGCCUUUUACAUCGCGACCACUCAUAAAAGAACCAUACCUGUUCUGCUGCUCCUGGGGAAUAUAUUGGUGCUCAUAAUCAUCCUAGUGCUAUCGCACUUCGGCGUCUUUUACUGGUUCUACUUUGGCCCCAUCGCUCCGAUACCGCCGGUUCGCCAGCACAAGGAAAAGCACGAGCUCGUCUGUAGAAAUAUACGCUGCGGUGUCGCUGGUUCCACGCUCUACUAUGCUUUGAACAACACAAUACAGCCCUGUGAUAGCAUGUUCCAAUUCGUGUGCGGCCAGUGGGUGCACAAACCCACAGAAGCAUACCAGAAGAUCAUUCUCGGUGCUGAGAAACGCUUCGUUGAGAACAUGUAUUCCCACAUGCGGCAGAUUGUGGAACGCUUUGCGGCUGCAUCGCUCGCCAACUCCGCCAUCGGGAAAAUGGCUAGGCUGUACAGGGGCUGUUUGGACCAGGACUACAGGGAUAGUCGGGGAGCGAUCGAGCUGAAAGAACUCAUGAGGGACUAUCGGCUCCGAGAUUGGCCCUUUCAAGGCGGCUUUAAUGGCAAUCCAGCGACGCAUGUGGCCGAUUUCAUUCGCGACACCGGCAUCGGAGUCUUUGUAUCGGUCCGCUUAGUUCCCGACCCGGAUGAUCCCAACGAACUCCGAGAGAGGCUCGUCGCAUUGGAGUGUUCCAGCUUUGUUAUUCCAAUUGAUACACUGCUUACCUACAGGAACGAGCAGAAGGAAAUGGUGAAAGCGUACAAGAACUAUAUGAGCCAUGUCAUCGAUGAAUACACGGGAAGCGUCCGGGAUACCAUCGUUGCGAAUAUCUUCGCUUUUGAGGUCAACCUCGCUUUCCGCUGCAACGCCCAGUGUCGGAAGAAGAGGCUCAAGAAAGUUCAGGUAAAAGACCUUGUCCAGUCGGACGGAGACUCAAUCGAUUGGCUCAAGUUUCUCAAGGCCAUCUUCGGUCCCAUCAAGUACAGCAUCACCGAAGACACGCAGCUGCUUGUGCGCUCAACAACGUACCUCAAGAAGCUCGCCUCCGUCCUUCGUGGGGACGCCACCAAGUCGUCGCGCGCCAUGAACUAUCUCGGUUGGCGAUUUAUGCACCAGUUCUCCAGGCACGCAUCUACAGCACACCGAGCUGAGCACAAGACAUUCUACGAAAACAUCCUCGCCCAGGCCGAACUACCCGAAUGGAAGCGAUGUCUUUUUGACGUAACAGACGUGAUGCCCUUCGUCGUGGGCCACAUCUAUGUGGAACAAGUCCGAUGGCGCGCCACAGACUUCCAAGUGCACCGCAUGGUUACCACCUUGAGAGAAACUCUCGACCACCUUGUAUGGAAGCUCAAGUGGAUGACAUCCACCACCCGGGAAAAGUUCAAGGCCAUCAUCUCCAGAUCGGCCAUUAAUGUCGGCUAUCCGCCGUGGAUGAUGAACAGCAGCGCACUCGAUGCCUACCAUUCCAGCAUCCCGGCGUCGGCGGGGUACGUCAAGUGCUACGCGUCCGCGCUCAAGAACAAAUUUCAGAACCAUCUCAAGAUUUUAGUGGGCAGGACGGAAGCGGUGAACAAGCUGUCGUACUUCAUUUUUCCCACGCGUCUCGUGGAGCUCCAUCAGCGGACGGGUCCGCCCAGGGAAAACCUUUUCUACGACAUUCGGGACAAUGCUUUCAUCGUCCCGUCGGGUGUAAUGACUCCGCCUUUUUACAGUGCCGAAGCGACGGCUGCCCUUAAUUUCGGUGGUCUUGGGAUGCUGGUGGCGCGAGACCUGGUCAACGAAUUCUUCCACGCUAUGGACGGACACUGGAUGACAGACACGGAACGGCAACAGUACAAGACCAAGUCGGAGUGCAUCAUAAAAGCCAUAGCCAAGUUCAACGAUAAGCCGGUGUCUGAGAAUAUACUCCACUGCGCUGGUUUGAUGGCCGACUUCCUUGCGCUUCGCAUAGCCUACUCCGCGUACCAUUCUUUCCUGGACUUCAAGGACGAAGGCACGCUGCCAGGUCUGGAGACAAUGAAUCCCGACCAGGUGUUCUUCAUCGCUGCUGUGCGAACUCUCUGCACGAGAAUUCGAGAGACCCACUACGUCCAGGUGGUCCGGCUCAAGAUGUCUGUCACCGAGCUGGAGCACAUGGACGGAAUCCUCAAGAUCAUGGACGAGUGGAUGGACGCGUUCUACUGCAGACCGCUGGUGAACGAAUCGCAGCCAGUUUUCAAGGAGUGCCUGACGCCCGACGAGCCCGCUCCGAGCGCAAAAGCCAGGAAGAGAUCCCUGUGGCACCCACCCAAGGGGGGCACAAUCUUUGGGGCGCAGACAACCAAGAGGUCGAGGUUCAGAAAACGCGCAAAGAUUAGAUCCACGCAGCGGGAACUGGCACGACCUGAUUUCACCCUAAACCGUGACAACUAAUACAAGAGCUUAUAUACUCCGGGGGAAAUACAUACUGUUGCACAGCGUAUGGUGUGGGAUACAUGCCAAGUGAAAUGUUAAUACUGUUACACUGCAUAGGAUAUUGCUGUUUCUAUCAAAAAUAAUUUGUGUGUACGACAAUACUAGAAUGUGUUAACUAUGAUAUGCAUCCUCUAAACAAAUCGUUGAUUUUACCUGUUAGUAUUGUAAAAAAAAAAAAAAGCACUUGGACAUUUCAGACUAUAUUAAAAUGACUAUUAAAGACUAUAUUAAAGUUC